UGUUGCAAGAGUAGCAAAAGCCAUUGAAAGGCCAAGAGAAAGGGAGUGAUUGCGAAUAAAGAGGGAGGCAGCCUUCAAGGAGACCAGCGGCAAGGCUGAAAAGAAUCCACAGCAGGGAAAGGAAAAAGAGGACCUUUUAAUAUAUAUAUAUAUAUAUAUAAAAGGAAAAGACAACAGAGUGGUCCCAUCUAAUAAAAAGAGGAAGAGAAGCAGAAGAGAAUCACAAGGCUUUUUUUUUUUUUUAAACCACCUCAAACCCCAGGAGCAAGUUUUGAAUUGUUCAUGGGUUUUUUUUAAAAAAAAAGAAAUUCAUCCCUCGCUUGGAAACUCACUUUUUCAGGCAACUGGUUGCAAUUUGCAGAGGGAAGCUCUUGACAAGGUUUUUAUUUUUUUUUAAAAGCUCUUUGGAAUUUGUUUUAAAUGCAAAGUUUUUUUUUUUUAAUGAUAUGUUAGCAGGAAUGGCAGAUUCCCAGAGGCGAACCAGCUUCUCAAACUUUGUUUGCUGACUUUGUUUUUCUGCAAGUGUGUGUGGUGUGUGGAGCUACUGUGUCAAUUGCACGACAUGCUGAUAUUACCCACUGGAACCUCUCAGCCCUUAUCUCGUUUCCCCCCUAACUUAAAUAUAUUUGAACCCAAGUUCCCCAUGGACUGUUGGCUUUAGUUUUCUAGAGAUGAAACCCCUGUCCUUUCUCUUAUGCCUAUGAAGAGUUUGAGACACAGAGAAGGAACUCAAACCUAAAGACAAGAAACUUACCAGAAUGUGUUCUUAGGGAGAGGACAGCAGGAGGAACCUGUACCACACCCAUUUGUUCCUAGAUAACACACAUCUCUCUCUCUGUAUGCCUUCUGUUGCAAAAUUGAAUCCUGAUUGCCCCCAAGACGCUCUUGCAAGUGUCGAUUUGCGGUAGACUUUUGCUACCAAGAUAUUGGUCUAUCCCACAAUGCAUUCAAAAAAGAAAGAUUCUGCCCAAGAACUGUGGGGAAUCUCCACAAUGGAAUGAAUUAGGGGUGUGUGUGUGUCGGAGAGAGAGAGUUUGCAUCGACAGAGGAAAGACAGACAGAAGGAAAGUGUUGACUGUCCAGUGGAGAUCCAGAAUACCAGAAGGAAACCUUGCAUGCACAGUCAAAUGAACUGGUUGCAUUCUUCCUAAAUAAAAACAACAAAAAGCAAGGCUUUGCAAGGAGGAAAAAAAGAGGGAAGACAAGAAGGAAGUGGUGACGGUGGAGAAGAACAGGGUACAAUGCCGAAUUUGGAGGUAGCCGCAUUGCUUGUGACCCUAGUUGGGGUUUGUGUGUGGACGGACGAUGGCAACAAAAUUAUUUCAGAUCGCUAUGCGGUGUACUGGAACAAGAGCAAUCCCAGGUUCCAUCAGGGUGACUACACAGUGGAGGUGAGCAUCAAUGACUACUUGGACAUCUACUGCCCUCACUAUGAGGUCCCGUUCCCCAUGGAUCGCAUGGAGCGAUAUAUCCUCUACAUGGUCAGUUACGAAGGCCACGACUCCUGCGACCACCGCCAAAAUGGCUUCAAGCGCUGGGAGUGCAACAGGCCUGAUUCCCCCAAUGGGCCAUUGAAGUUUUCUGAGAAGUUCCAGCUUUUCACCCCUUUCUCGCUGGGGUUUGAAUUCCGGCCGGGACACGAAUAUUAUUAUAUAUCGGCGACGCCACCUAACUUGGUUGACAAGCCCUGCUUAAAGUUGAAGGUGUACGUGCGGCCGACAAAAAAAAGAAGAAGAAAUAAUGAGGUCCAUUCAUGCCAAGAAUGGGGUGCCACAUCAGUGGUGUACAGCUGUGAAGAGAAAGGAACUAAAAUUCAGUACGCAGCCAAAAUAUUGAAGAAGACGAUCGACAAGAAGAUAAUCAGAACCGAAAUUGGCGUUUUGCUGAGGCUCUCACAUCCAAACAUUAUCAAACUCAAAGAGAUCUUUGAGACUCCCUCACAGAUCACCCUCAUCCUCGAGCUGGUGACAGGUGGCGAGCUCUUCGACAGGAUCGUCGAAAGGGGGUUCUACAGUGAGAGGGAUGCGGCUCACGUGGCGAAGCAGAUCCUGGAAGCUGUUUCCUAUUUGCACGCAAACGGGGUGGUCCACCGCGACCUCAAGCCAGAGAAUCUCCUCUACGCAGAUCUGUCUCCGGAUGCUCCUCUCAAAAUCGGUGAUUUCGGAUUAUCCAAGAUUGUGGAUGAGCAGGAUACUAUGAAAACAGUGUGCGGCACUCCGGGAUACUGUGCGCCUGAGAUCCUUCACGGUUCACCGUACGGCCCAGAAGUGGAUAUGUGGUCCGUCGGCGUGAUAACAUAUAUCUUGCUUUGCGGCUUUGAACCUUUUUUUGACCCAAGAGGAGACCAAUAUAUGUACAGCAGGAUCCUAAACUGCGACUAUGAGUUUGUCUCUCCAUGGUGGGAUGAAGUGUCUCUCAAUGCCAAGGAUUUGGUUCAGAAGCUGAUUGUUUUGGAUCCCCAGAAGAGGCUCACGGUGCAACAGGCGCUGGAGCACCCUUGGGUGACGGGCAAAGCUGCUAAGUUCGCUCACAUGGACAGCACGCAAAAGAAGCUCCAGGAAUUUAAUGCCAGGCGCAAGCUGAAGGCUGCGAUGAAAGCUGUGGUCGCUUCCAGCCGUCUCGGCAAUCACGGCCACCACGACAGUUCCAGGAAUGGACGGCAUCAUCAGGAUGCCCCCAAGGAACCGGGCCUGGUCCAGGGAGCGGAGAGCACCCUCCUCAUCGAGGGCAACGUUUACAAGAAGACGCCCUCCGGGGCCAGCGUGCAAGACGGGGGUACGAUGGAGCCUCCUUCGGCCACCUCGGAGAAGCUCGACGCUUUCCAGAGCGAGAGCCACGGUGCCGCGGCAGCGAUGCUCAAUGGCUCUGGCUGCAAAAGUUAACCCCUGCAAGAGCCUGGUUGCUUUGCUCCUGCCGGCUGUUGAAGGGGGAAAGUCUGUUCCUCAUCACCGCAGCAGACAGACCAGAAGAAGGAAGGAAGAACAGAAGUGACAAACAACGCCGUUUGCCAGAUUUGAGACGGUGUUCUCAGAUGAAGGAGCAACCUCUCUCGAAAGCUUGCAGACAUUAUGAGGAAGUGAUGUGAUAGCAUUUCGCUUUGCUUGCAAAAAAGCCCUGAAGAGCAGUUUGU